UGCACAAGUAAUAACGAAAUGCCAAAAUCAAAACAAACAUUUGAAAAAUAUUUUAUUAUGUGUUGAUAUUUUUAUUAGAUCAUUCUACAAAUAGGUACUAAUAACAUUUCAAAGCAUAGGAAGUUAGAUAAGAUACUUUAAACUAUAAAAUAUGGUUGUGCGAUUAUUUUUUCUCUUAUGCCUCCAAUAUUUUACUAUCGUUCACAACUUAGAUAACGGAUUAGCUCGAAAGCCUCCUAUGGGAUGGAUGUCUUGGGGAUACUAUAUGUGCGGUGUGCAUUGUAAAAACAGUACACAGAAAUGUCUCGAUGAAAAGUUAAUUCUGUCUGUCGCUGAUAGAUUCUACGAAGAUGGUUAUCAAGAGGCAGGUUAUGAAUAUAUCAUAAUAGAUGAUUGUUGGUCACAAAAGAAACGAGACAAUCUUGGUCGUUUAGUGCCCGAUAAAGAAAGGUUUCCACAUGGAAUGAAGUACAUUGCUGAUUAUAUACAUAAGCGUGGACUAAAAUUCGGUAUGUACACAAACAUAGCCGAUGUUACCUGUAUGGGUUACCCAGGCUCGAGAGGGCACUUCCAAACUGAUGCCAAGAUGUUUGCAGAGUGGGAUGUUGAUUAUUUGAAAGUGGAUGGCUGUUUUGUUACCGAAGAUUAUCUCAAAACGGCGUAUAUAAAGCUGGGUAUGCACUUAAAUGCUACGGGUAGACCAAUGGUGUAUUCCUGUAGCUGGCCUUAUUACAUAGAGUUUAUACACAAUAAAAAGCCGGAUUACAAAGGUGUUGCGAAAAAUUGCAACAUGUGGCGUAACUAUCACGACGUUGUGGCGUCAUGGUCUGCCGUCAAAUCCAUCAUCAGACAUUAUCAAGUGUCAUACGAGGAGUUAUACGAACACCAUGGUCCGGGACAUUGGAAUGAUCCCGAUAUGCUAAUUUUUGGCACGGGUUCUUUAACUGAUAGCCAAAGACGGGUACAUAUAGCUGUGUGUUCAAUGCUGGCGUCUCCCCUACUUCUCUCCUGUGACAUGAAUAAGAUAACCCCAUAUGAAAAGGAACUCCUACUCAAUUUGGACUUGUUAGCUAUCGCUCAAGACCCUUCAGGGAUUAUGGGUAGACCUUAUACCUUACAACCUUUAAUAACUCUCUGGGUGAAACCGCACCUUCCUAGGAAAGGAGAUAAAUAUAACUCUGUCUCCUUCGCUCUUGUCAAUUUGGAUGAAAGUGAGCAUUCCGUCUCGUUCGCACCGGGACAAUACGGGUUAAAUUCAACGGAUUACACAGUUUUGGAAGUAUUUACGAAAAAUUUUACAAGAAAUGUCACAUUGAAGGAUACUCUAUCAGUGAAAGUACCGCCUGAAGAUGUCAUAAUGUACACACUGUUCCCGUUAUAAUAGAAUUGGAAAAACAACAAUCAAUCAAUCAAUCAACAGCGAAUCGUUGUCCACUGCUGAAUAUAGGCCUCUUCCAAGGUGCGCCAAAGCUCCCUGUCAUCCUGUCAUCAAAGGAAAAACAACGCCUUGACGAAAUGUGAUCAUUUAAAAAUGUACUUAACAACCGAAACUACUAAAGCUGAUUUCUACUGCAAUUUUAGUAUUUACAAAGAAUAUAACUUUCAUUAUUUCUAAUGAUUGGGAUUUGUUUGGUUAAAUUAAU